AUGGUAAAACCGCCCACCAGAGGCGUCCAAAAAAAACAUCGUCGCACUCUUCACCGUCGUGCCUCCAUCGUGCCUCCAUCGUGCGUCUUUGGCCCGCUCGGACUCCGAAAAAGAAACAGGUUCUGAGUGCGGGCUAUUGUUGCCAAGAUGUCCAAGAAGACCGCAAAUCGCCCAUGCGAGCCGGACGUCCAGGUGGACGCGUCCAUCAUCCGGAUCCCGCCUCACCACUACAUUCACGUGCUGGACCAGAACACCAACAUCGCCCGUGUCGAGAUUGGCCCGCAAACAUACUACCGCCAGGACAAUGAAAGGGUUCUGUUCGCGCCCGUGCGCAUGAUCAUGGUGCCUCCGCGCCACUACUGCGUGGUGCUCAACCCGGUGGCGUGCGACGACAACGGCCGCGUUCUGUUCGAUGCCUCCGGCCAGGCUAAGCUCAGGCACGCUGACCUGGACAUCCGGCUCACCAGGGAUCCCUUCCCGCUUCACCCUGGCGAGGAGAUCCAGCAGGACGUGACCCCCCUGCAGGUGGUUUACCCCAACACGGCGCUCCGUCUGCAGGCGCUGCUCGACUUCCUGGACGGCGGAGAAAAGUGCGUGGCGGGAGACGAGUGGCUCUUUGAGGGACCCGGCACGUACAUCCCGAGGAAGGAGGUGGUUGUCCUGGAGACCAUCAAGGCCACGGUGAUCGGCGAGAACCAGGCCAUAAGACUGCGAGCGCGCAAAGAGGGCGUUGACCGCGGGGGAGUGCUCCGGGUUACGGGUGAGGAGUGGCUGGUGAGCAAGGUGGGCGCGUACCUGCCGGGCGCCCACGAGGAGGUCAUCGACAUCGUCAACGCCUUCAUCCUGACGGACAAGAAAGCGCUACACGUGCGCGCACUUCGACCUUUCCGCGACGCGGGAGGUCACGAGCGACGCACGGGAGAAGAGUGGCUGGUGACCCUGGAGGACCGCGAAGCUCAUGUGCCGUCGGUGGCGGAGGAAGUGGUGGGCGUGGUCGACGUCACUACGCUCAGCUCGCGCCAGUAUUGCGUCAUUUUGGACCCAGUCGGAGCCGACGGGAAACCUCAGCUGGGCCAGAAGAGGGUGGUCAAGGGGGAGCGCUCCUUCUUCCUGCAGCCAGGCGAGCAUCUGGAGCAAGGAAUUCAGGACGUGUUCGUCUUGUCUGAAGAGGAGGGCCUCGUCCUGCGCGCCAUUGAGGCCUUCACCGACACCCAGGAGCGCGAGGAGGCGGACUCCGACGAAGAAGAAGAAGUCGAGCGAAGCAAGCGUCGCCGUCACGGCGGCGUGAACCGUCGCCCCGGCGACCGCUGGAUGCUGCGAGGCCCCGUCGAGUACGUGCCCCCCUCCCAGGUGGAGGUGGUACUUAGGCGCCAGGCCAUCCCGCUGGAUGAGCACGAGGGAAUCUACGUCAGGGACAUCAAGACCGGAAAGGUGCGCGCCGUGAUCGGCCAGACUUACAUGCUGACCCAGGAUGAGGAGCUAUGGCCUAAGGAGCUCCCUGCCAACGUGGAGGACUUACUGGCGUCCCCCCGAGACCCUCUGGCCGACCGCUCCAACAGGAGGAACCUGACUGAGGAUCUGGGGGGCAAAAACCGCGACAAGACCCUGGUGGUCUCCUUCCGGGUCCCACACAACGCCGCCGUCCAGGUUUACGACUACCGGGCCAAGAAGGCCCGCGUGGUCUUCGGGCCCGAGCGAGUCAUGCUGGGGCCUGACGAGCAGUUCACCGUCCUGUCGCUGUCCGGCGACAGGCCCAAACGCGGCAACGUCAUUAAGGCCAUCUGCCUCCUGCUCGGACCCGACUUCUUCACCGACAUCAUCACCAUCGAGACCGCCGACCACGCCAGGCUGCAGCUGCAGCUCUCCUACAACUGGAACUUUGACGUGAAGCCGCCCGUGGACGCCGCGGAGGCCGCCACUCUCUUCUCGGUGCCGGACUUUGUGGGUGACGCCUGCAAGGCCAUCGCGUCACGGGUUCGAGGCGCCGUCGCCUCCGUGCAGUUUGACGACUUCCACAAGAACUCCAACCGCAUCAUCUACUCGGCCGUGUUCGGCUUCGACGAGAAGCUGGCCGUGCGGCCCAGUCUCCGCUUCCACCAGAACCGACUGGUCAUCAGUAGCGUCGACAUCCAAUCGGUGGAACCCGUCGACCAGCGCACGCGUGACGCCCUGCAGAAAAGCGUCCAACUAGCCAUCGAGAUCACCACCAACUCGCAGGAGGCCGCCGCCAGGCAUGAAGCCGAGCGUCUUGAGCAGGAGGCUCGCGGGAAGCUGGAGCGGCAGAGGAUUACUGACCAGGCGGAGGCCGAGCGAGCCAGGAAGGAGCUCCUGGAGCUUGAGGCCCUCAGCGCCGCCGUGGAGAGCACCGGCGCCGCCAAGGCCGAAGCCCAGUCCCGAGCCGAGGCGGCCCGCAUCCAGGGCGAGGCAGCCGUCCACGAGGCUAAGCUGAAGGCCGAGGCUCAGCGCAUCGAGGCUGAGGCGGAGCUUGAGCGGCUGGCCAAGGCUCGCCAGCAGGAGCUGGGCUACAAGAAGCAGAUGGACCUGCUGGAAGUGGAGAAGCAGGAAAAGCUGACUAACAUCCAGAGCGAGCACUUCCGCCAGCUCGUCACCAGCCUGGGCAGCGACACCAUCGCCGAGCUGGCGCGCGCCGGACCCGAGCUACAGGUGAAAAUGCUGCAGGCGCUUGGCCUCAAGUCCACGUUGAUCACAGACGGCUCCUCCCCCAUCAACCUCUUCACCACCGCCAACGGCCUGCUGGGGGCGCUGCCGUCAGCUGCGCAAUGAUGCUACAGUGGCCAGAGAAGUGGAAACGCACCAGAGCAAAAUCAUAUCAUCGCUAAACAAAAAUUGCGCAAAUAUACCCAAGAUGAAGGAGAAGGCCAUAUGCACGUAUAUAGUCACUGGUUGUACCUGUCUGUCUCUAAAGGAAAUAAAUCCUAUGCAAAAUAAAUCCUCCUGCGUUUCAUUUGA